AUGUUCGAAAUUGAGGAUUAUUUCUCAAUACAGAUCUUCUUUAUUAUCCUUAGGGAAACUUUGGAAUCUGCAAUCAUCAUUUCGGUGUUACUUUCAUUCAUAAAUCAGCGAUCUCACAAGUCCGAUGCGAAUUCAACGCCUAGUAAAUCCAACACUCAUUUACAACAAGUACAAAGGAAAUUGAAAAUCCAAGUAUGGAUAGGGGCACUUUUGGGAUUAGUGAUUUGUUUCCUUAUUGGACUAAUUUUUAUUUUAGCAUUUUACUUUGUUGGUAAAGAUUAUUGGGCUUAUACCGAACGUGUUUGGGAAGGUGUUUUUUCAAUCUUAUCAAGUAUAAUUAUCACAGUGAUGGGUAUCGGAUUACUACGUAUAAACAAAGUCAUGAAAUUGAAAUGGUGGAUCAAGUUGGGUGAUGCUUACAAUAAUGAAGGUGACGAGGAAGGUGAAGAGGAGAUUGCAAAAUUGGGAGAUGACGAUGUCCUUCCUGAUGAGUUUAGUGAACAUGACGUCAAUGAUAGAGUGAAUAGCUACGGGGAAAACAGAUCAAGUUCAGAAUCAGAAAGUGCACCAUUAACUGCAUCAAGUCAGGUACCAGUUACUUCCAAGAAAUCACCAGCUAAGAGAAGACAAAAAUUCGGUAAGAAGUACUUUUUGGCGAUCUUGCCAUUAGUGACUACAUUGAGGGAGGGUUUGGAGGCGGUGGUAUUUGUUGGUGGUAUCGGUGUGAGCUCACCACCAUCAUCAUUCCCAUUGUCAAUAGCUUGCGGACUUACGCUCGGAGCAUUAGUGGGCUAUACCUUAUACAAAGGAGGCAAUAAAUUAUCUCUUCAAUAUUUCCUAAUUACAUCCACGUGUUUUCUUUACAUUGUCAGUGCGGGGUUAAUGAGUCGUGGUGUUUGGUUUCUUGAGCUAGAGUCAUUUGUUCGUAAAUGCGGUGGGUUGGAUGUUAGUGAGACAGGGAGCGGACCUGGUUCAUACGACAUUGCCAAAAGCGUAUGGCAUGUUAAUUGUUGCAAUGGGUUAACUGAUGGUGGAUGGAUGGUGCUCAAUGCCAUUUUCGGGUGGACAAAUUCAGCAACAUAUGGUAGUGUGACAACAUAUUUCGCCUAUUGGUUUUUUGUCAUCAUUUGGUUGAAUAUUAAACUAUAUGAAGAAAGAGAAGGUGUGUUGCCCUUGGUUCCAAUCAAAUGGCAAUUGAAGCGAAUUAGAAAAAAGAUUAGAUUAUACGAGUUGAGGAAUAGCCAAAGCUUGCAUACGAUAGAACAAUCGCAACAAGAGGAAGGGGUCGUGGAAGCAGAGCAACAAGGUUUAUUGGAAUAG